AUGGCACUUGUCACGGUAUUAUGAAAAGAGAUGUGUAAAUAUGAAGCUGGUGAAUCAACUUCCAAUGUUCCGAGACAUAAAUAUUUUUUAUAAUUAUCAUGUAAAAUUGAGAGUUCGUGACAAAGAAUAAUUAUGCGCAGUUAAUUUUCUGCCGAUAGGUUAUAUUUUCCCUGUGUUACGUUGCUCGUAUUUGUAGAAAGCAAAAUAUAACGCAGUGACAAUAUAAUGGACGAGAAAGUAACGAUAAGUUCUAAACGAGAGCGUUUGGAUUACGAGAAUAAGCUUAUAUUAGCUCCUAUGGUGCGCAUCGGCACGCUUCCUAUGCGCCUUCUUGCGCUCGAUUAUGGUGCCGAUAUAGUAUACACAGAGGAACUCAUAGACUGGAAGUUGCUUCGAUCGUUUCGUCGAGUAAAUGAUGUUUUGGGAACAGUCGACUACAUAGACAAAACAGAUGGUACCGUCACUUUUCGAACGUGUCUCAGAGAGCGAGAUAAAGUGGUUUUACAAAUCGGUACUUGCGAUGCGACGAGAGCUCUAGAAGUUGCUAAAAUGGUGGAACAAGAUGUUGCUGGAAUAGACCUCAAUAUGGGAUGUCCGAAACUGUUUUCUAUGCUAGGGAAAAUGGGGGCUGCUCUUCUACAAAAUCCAGAAACGGCGACAAACAUUCUGAAAACAUUAGUCGAUAAUUUAAGUAUUCCUGUAACGUGUAAAAUUCGAGUAUUGCCAGAUCUGGAUAAAACUUUAGAACUUUGCGAGAUUUUGGCAUCGACUGGUAUAUCAGCCAUAGCAGUUCACGGUCGCACCGUUAACGAAAGACCGCAGCACGCAAACCGCAACGAAGUUUUAAAAGAAAUUUCCAGCAAGCUUUCGAUACCAGUUAUAGCAAACGGCGGCUCAAAAGAAAUACAGAAAUAUUCUGACAUUUUUAAGUUUAAAGAAGUAACAGGAUGUAGCAGUGUAAUGCUCGCUCGUGCAGCUCAGUGGAACUGUUCAAUAUUUUCUAAAGAAGGUUUAUCUCCCAUGGAAGAUAUAAUAAAAGCAUACAUGAAGUAUGCCGUAGAUUGCGACAAUCCACCUUCUAAUACCAAGUACUGUAUACAAAAUAUCCUUCGCGAGCAACAGGAAUCAGUUCUAGGCAAAAAGUUCCAUAAUUCUCAAACUCUGGAACAAAUAUGCGAUGUAUGGGAAUUAAGUGAUUAUUGUCGUUUAAAGAGAAAGGAAUUCGAAGAAAAAGGUUUGUUGGGUAGAUCUCAAGUUUCUCCUAUGAGAGAGGAGGAUCAACCAGAUGGAGAACAGCCAUCUAGUAAAAGGAAGAUGUCAGACGAAGAAGAUGUUGUUUUAAUGCAUUGUGCAUUCUUGAGAAAUAAUUAUGUGACAGACCUUGAAUUACCAAAAACUAUAUUACAUAAAUGGACGCAAACCCAAAGAAAAAAAAUACCGCACUAUGACACGCAAAAAAAAGGGAGACUCUUUCGUUCCAUCGUUACCGUCGAUGGAAGGAAAUUUGGGUCAUCUUUUUGGGAGAAGAAUAAAAAGUGGGCAGAACAAGGUGCUGCGUUAGUUUGCCUUUCUUCUUUGAGCCUAGUCAACGAAAAGGCUCUCACUGUGAGUGGUAAUAUUUCUUCCUGAUGUAUAGUUGAAAAAUAUGAGAGAUUUAUUACGACUCAAUAAAGCCGAACUUAAUUUCGAGUAUAUUUUGUAUCAAUAAAACG